CCAAAAGGCACGUCAGGUCUUGCAAGAUGCAAGGUAGCACCCUGCUGCUUCAGCCCCAGCCUCCCCCUGCGGCUCCUGCCCACGUUGCUGCUGCCCCCGCUCCUGAUGAGCAACCAUUCGAAGCCCUCGACCAGCCCCUUCCCGACCAACACAUGGAACUCGACCCGCCAGCUGGCUUGCCUGAGCCCGCUGCUGAGGGCUCUCCAAGGCUAACCGAGGCACAGCAGGACGCUAUGCUUGCCAUCUUCCAUGUAGAGGACGACAAUGAUAUGGCAGGUGGCGAAGCUUAUCCGCCUGGGGAUGACAUGGAGCCGAGUGAGAAUGGAUACCCAGCGGACCCUGACGAUCCAGUUAACAUCUAUGCG